CAAAAAUGUCGACCAAAAAGAAUAUUUAUUGUUUAGUAUUCUGGAAAGAAGAAAAAUCAUUUAGUGUAAUCGAAGAACAAAAAGAAUUAGUAAAUAUUGGUGAAGGAAAGGAAACCGACCUUGUUGUAAAAGGAACGUCAUAUAAAAUUAUACUAUUAGCAAGAAGUGAAAAUAAAAACCAACUGAAGAAGAUGGAAGUUUCUAGAGAGGGGAAAAUAUUGAACAAGGAAAGUUUAUCAAGAAAUGUUUCCAAACGAAAUGUCAACUCAGAUGAGACAAAUAAAAAGAAGCGACGAAACGCUGUUGAAAAUGAAAUGAACAAUAAAAUUUUUCAAUUAGGUUCAUUUGCUGAUGUGGUAGAUGCAACCAAAAGCUCUAAGGAAAAGAGUAAUAUUUAUGUCAAUUUUAUAUUCUUUUAAAACUAUA